CGGAGUUGUCGCUUUCUCUCUGUGUGGACCUACGGGAGGAUGAAGUGAACGCCUGCGCGUGCGUCCUUAUUUUUACACAUAUUUUUUGGGGGUUCAUCUCACGGAGAGGAAGACACACUAUCGGAUCUAUGAAACAACCCGCGUGGACUUGUACAACCAUUUUAAACCAGAAGGAAUGCCUAUGUUCUUUGUGAAACUAACUUUCUUGUUGUCGCUGAUAGCACUAACACGAGGUCUAAGAUGCUCCAUGCCCACGGAGUCGUGUUUGAACCAGGGGAGGUGUGAAGCAACGCCAGAUGGCAACGGGGAGUGCAGGUGCCGGGACGGGUACGUGGGAAGCAGGUGCCAGUUCCGCGACCCGUGCACCACAUCGCCGUGCAUGAAUGGCGGCGUGUGCCGCGCCGUCUCCAAGGGCAACACGGUGGACUUCAACUGCACCUGCAGACUGGGCUUCACCGACCGCCGCUGCCUGAUGCCCGUCAACAACGUCUGCAUCAGCUCGCCGUGUCGCAACGGAGGCACCUGCGAGCUGGAGAGUCUCAAGACGUACAAGUGCCGCUGCCCACCUGGAUGGUCAGGUAAACUGUGCCAACAAGCCGACCCCUGUGCCUCGAACCCGUGCGCCUACGGUGGCCAGUGCUCCGCCAUCGAGUCCCACUACUCGUGCGCCUGCACGCCCUUCUUCUCCGGAAAGACGUGCAAGCAGGACGUCAACGAGUGCGACGUGAGCCAGUCGCCCUGCAAGCACGGCGGGCUGUGCAUCAACGAGGUCGGCAGCUACCAGUGCCAGUGCCCGCCCGAGUACACGGGGAGGCACUGCGAGAGCCGCUACCUGCCCUGCAACCCGUCGCCCUGCCACAACGGAGGCACCUGCAUCCAGAGGGGCGAGACCAGCUACGAGUGCUCCUGUGUGCCAGGUUUUACAGGAAAAAACUGCAACCACAACAUCGACGACUGCCCGGGUCACGAGUGUCAGAACGGGGGCACGUGUGUCGACGGAGUCAACACCUACAACUGCCAGUGCAAACCAGAGUUCACAGGUCAGCUCUGCACGGACGACGUUGAUGAGUGCCAGCUGAUGCCCAACGCCUGCCAAAAUGGCGGCACGUGCCACAACACCUACGGCAGCUACCAGUGCGUGUGCGUGAACGGCUGGACGGGCGACGACUGCAGCGAGAACAUCGACGACUGCGCCAGCGCCGCGUGCCACACGGAGUCCACGUGUCACGACCGCGUCGCUUCCUUCUACUGCGAGUGCCCCCUGGGACGCACAGGACUGCUGUGCCAGCUGGACGACGCCUGCAUCAGCAACCCGUGUCAGAAAGGCUCCAACUGCGACACCAACCCCGUCAGCGGGAAUCACUUCUGCACCUGCCCGUCCGGAUACUUCGGAGCCUCCUGCGACCAGGACGUGGACGAGUGCUCCCUGGGUUCCAACCCGUGCGAGCACGCGGGGAAGUGCAUCAACACCAAAGGGUCGUUCCAGUGUAAGUGCCAGCGGGGUUACGUGGGGCCGCGCUGCGAGCUGGACAUCAACGAGUGCAUGUCCAACCCGUGUAUGAAUGAGGCCACAUGCCUGGACCAGAUAGGAGACUUCCACUGUAUCUGCAUGCCAGGUUACGAGGGGGAGUUCUGCGAGAUCGAUACGGACGAGUGCGCCCACAGCCCCUGCCUGAACAACGGCAACUGUAUCGACAAGAUCAACGCCUUCCACUGCCAGUGCCCCACAGGCUUCACUGGGAACCUUUGCCAGAUAGACAUCGACGAGUGUGCCAGCACGCCAUGCAAAAAUGGCGCCAAGUGCACAGACGGACCCAAUAGAUACACCUGCGAGUGCACUGAAGGUUACUCUGGGAGACACUGUGAGACGGACAUCAACGAGUGUUACUCCGACCCGUGCCACUACGGCACCUGCAUCGACGGCCUGGCCUCCUUCAGCUGCCAGUGCAGCCCCGGCUACACCGGGCGGCUGUGCGAGACCAACAUCAACGAGUGCCUGAGCCAGCCGUGCAGGAACGGAGGCACCUGCCAGGACCGAGAGAACGCCUACAUGUGCAGCUGCCCCAAGGGCACCACCGGAAUCAACUGCGAGAUCAACAUCGACGACUGCAAGAGCAACCCCUGUGACUACGGGGCCUGCAUCGACAAGAUCAACGGCUACGAGUGCGCCUGCGAGCCCGGCUACACGGGCACCAUGUGUAACAUUAACAUCGACGAGUGUGCCAUCAACCCCUGCCACAACGGCGGCACCUGCAUCGACGGCAUCAACGGCUUCACCUGCGCGUGUCCAGACGGCUACCAGGACCCCACCUGCUUCUCCCAGGUCAACGAGUGCCUCAGCAACCCCUGCAUCCACGGCCACUGUGAGGACAAGAUCAACGGCUACAACUGCCUGUGUGAUUCUGGCUGGAGCGGAAAAAACUGCGACAUCAACAACAACGAGUGUGAAUCCAACCCGUGUAUGAAUGGAGGCACCUGCAAGGACAUGACCAGCGGAUACGUUUGCACCUGUCGCAUGGGCUUCACCGGACCAAACUGCCAAACCAACAUCAACGAGUGUGCCUCCAACCCCUGCCUCAACCAGGGGACGUGCAUCGACGACGUCGCCGGCUACAAGUGCAACUGCGUCCUGCCUUACACGGGAGACAACUGUGAGACCUUGAUGGCUCCCUGCAGCUCCAGACCCUGCAAGUAUGGAGGAGUGUGCCAGGAGUCGGAGGACUACCAGAGCUUCUCCUGCGUCUGUCCGGAAGGAUGGCAAGGCCAAACAUGCGAGGUGGACAUCAAAGAGUGUGUGAAGAAUCCCUGUCGCAACGGCGCGACCUGCCAGAACACGCUGGGCAGCUACCACUGCGCCUGCAAACCAGGCUUCACCGGGCGCAACUGCGAAAGCAACAUCGACGACUGCAAGCCCAACCCUUGCAGCAACGGGGGCUUCUGCAAGGACGAGGUGGACGGCUUCCUGUGCACCUGCCUCGCCGGCUUUCGGGGCACCAAGUGCGAGGAGGACAUCAACGAGUGCGAGAGCAACCCGUGCAAAAACGGAGCCAACUGCACCGACUGCGUCAACAGCUACACCUGCACCUGCCCGCCCGGGUUCAGCGGAAUCCACUGUGAAAACAACACCCCCGACUGCACCGAGAGCUCCUGCUUCAAUGGCGGCUCCUGUAUGGACGGCAUCAACACCUUCACGUGUCUGUGCCCGCCGGGCUUCACGGGUAGCUACUGCCAGCACGACAUCAACGAGUGUGACUCCAAGCCCUGCCUGAACGGUGGCACGUGCCACGACAGCUACGGCACCUACAAGUGCACCUGCCCGCACGGAUACACCGGCCUCAACUGUCAGAACCUGGUCCGCUGGUGCGACUCGUCGCCCUGUAAGAACCGGGGCACUUGCUGGCAGAGGGGAACCACCUACAGCUGCGAGUGCGAGAUCGGCUGGACGGGACUCUACUGCGACGUCCCGAGCGUCUCCUGCGAGGUGGCAGCCAAGCAGAGAGGUGUCGACGUCGCCCACCUGUGUCGUAACUCGGGUCAGUGUCUGGAUGCGGGGAACGUCCACUACUGCCACUGCCAGGUGGGAUACACUGGGAGUUACUGUGAGGAGCAGGUGGACGAAUGCACCCCCAACCCCUGCCAGAACGGAGCCACCUGUACCGACUUCUUAGGCGGAUACACCUGCAAGUGCAUGCCAGGAUACGUGGGGACCAACUGCUCCGACGAGAUCAAUGAGUGUUUCUCCCAACCGUGCCAGAACGGGGGCACCUGCAUUGACCUGAUCAAUACCUACAAAUGCUCCUGUCCCCGGGGAAGCCAAGGUGUGCACUGCGAGAUCAACAUCGACGACUGCAACCCGUUCGCCGACCCGGUCACCAAGGAGCCCAAGUGCUUCAACAAAGGGAAGUGCGUGGACCGCGUGGGCGGCUACCACUGCAUCUGCUCGGCGGGCUACGUGGGCGAGCGCUGCGAGGGCGACAUCAACGAGUGUCUGUCCAACCCGUGUGACCCGCGGGGCACGCACAGCUGCAUCCAGCUCACCAACAACUACCGCUGCGACUGUCGCACCGGAUACACGGGUCAGCGCUGUGACACGGUGUUUGAUGGAUGCAAGGGGAAACCGUGUCGCAAUGGAGGGUCCUGCGCUGUGGCCAGUAACACGCCACAUGGCUUCAUCUGCAAAUGUCCCCCUGGCUUCACCGGCUCCACGUGUGAAUAUGACGCCCAGGCCUGCGGCAGCCUCAACUGCCGCAACGGGGGCACCUGCAUCUCUGGCCACAAGAGUCCCAAGUGUCUGUGCACCCCGUCGUUCACCGGGCCCGAGUGCCAGUAUCCCACCGACAGCCCCUGUAAUUCAAACCCCUGCUACAACGGCGGCAUGUGCGAAUACACGUCAGAGGCGCCGUUCUACCACUGCGUCUGCCCCACCAACUUCAACGGCCUCCGCUGCCACAUCCUGGACUACAGCUUCCAGGGCGGCUUCGGCCACGACAUCGCGCCGCCGCCCGAGGUGGAGGCGCCCUGCGACAUCCCGCUGUGCGAGGAGGCGAAGCACAACAAGUACUGCGACGUGCUCUGCAACAACCACGCGUGCGGCUGGGACAACGGCGACUGCUCGCUCAACUUCGACGGCCCGUGGAAGAACUGCUCGGCCGCACUGCAGUGCUGGCGCUACUUCAACGACGGCAAGUGCGACUCGCAGUGCGACAACGCCGGAUGCCUUUACGACGGCUUCGACUGCCAGAAUCUGGAGGGGCAGUGCAACCCUCUGUAUGACCAAUACUGCAAGGACCACUACGCCGACCGCCACUGCGACCAGGGCUGCAACAACGCAGAGUGCCGGUGGGACGGCCUGGACUGCGCCAACAACAUGCCCGAGAAGCUCGCCGUGGGCCAGCUGGUGCUGGUGGUCCACAUCCCCCCGCAGCAGCUCCUCAACAACUCCUUCGGCUUCCUGCGCGAGCUGAGCCGCGUCCUGCGCACCAACGUGGUGUUCACGGUGGACGCCAACGGCGAGACGAUGGUGUACCCGUACUACGGCAACGAGCACGAGCUGAAGAAGUACAACGUGAAGCGCUCGCUGGACUCGUGGGCCGAGGUCCCCGGCAAGGUUCUGAGCGUAGUGAAGAGGAGCGUGCGCGGCGUGGCAGGCGGCGGCGGGAGAGCGAAGAGGGAACUGGAUCACCUGCAGAUCAAAGGCUCGGUCGUCCACUUGGAGGUGGACAACCGCCAGUGCUUCCAGCAGUCCACCGAGUGUUUCCAGAGCACCGACGACGCCGCAGCUUUCCUCGGGGCGUUGGCCUCCAGUGGCAAACUGGAUGUUCCCUACACCAUUGAAGCCGUUUUUAGCGGAGUGGACCCCAAGCCUUCACAGGACCUCUACCCCAUCUACUUGGUCCUGGGCGGCAUCGGGAUGCUGGCCUUCAUCGCCGUGGGAAUGGUGGCGGCCCGAAAGCGACACAACGAACACGGGCGCCUGUGGCUCCCCGAGGGCUUCAAGACCACGGAGACCAGCAAGAAGAAGAGACGCGAGCCCGUCGGGGAGGAUUCGGUGGGAUUAAAGCCACUGAAAAACACCUCGGACAUUUCACUCAUGGAUGACAACCAGAAUGAGUGGGGCGAAGACGAGCCCUCGGACGCUAAACGCUCCAGGUUUGACGAACAGGCGAUCCUGGAGGUGGACGACCAGACGGACCACCGCCAGUGGACGCAGCAGCACCUGGACGCCGCCGACCUGCGCAUCCCCUCCAUCGCUCCCACGCCGCCUCAGGGCGAGAUUGAGAACGACUGCAUGGACGUCAACGUCCGGGGACCAGACGGAUUCACGCCGCUGAUGAUCGCGUCCUGCAGCGGGGGCGGUUUAGAGACGGGCAACAGCGAGGAAGAGGAGGACGCCUCCGCCAAUGUGAUCAACGACUUCAUCUACCAGGGCGCCGACCUCCACAACCAGACGGACCGCACGGGCGAAACGGCCCUCCACCUGGCCGCCCGCUACGCCCGAUCGGACGCCGCCAAGCGCCUGCUGGAGGCCAGCGCCGACGCCAACGUGCAAGACAACAUGGGCAGGACGCCGCUGCACGCCGCGGUGGCUGCUGACGCCCAGGGGGUGUUCCAGAUUCUGAUAAGGAACCGCGCCACAGAUCUGGACGCCCGCAUGCAUGACGGCACCACCCCCCUGAUCCUGGCUGCCAGGCUGGCGGUGGAGGGCAUGGUGGAGGAGCUCAUCAACUGCCACGCCGACGUCAACGCAAUCGACGAUUUCGGUAAAUCAGCUCUGCACUGGGCCGCGGCUGUGAAUAACGUGGAGGCUGUGAAUGUGCUUCUCAAGAACAGUGCCAACAAGGACAUGCAGAACAACAAGGAGGAAACUCCUCUGUUCUUGGCUGCCAGGGAAGGAAGCUACGAGACCGCCAAGGUCUUACUGGACCACUUUGCCAACAGGGAAAUAACCGACCACAUGGACCGGCUCCCCAGAGACAUUGCACAGGAGCGGAUGCACCACGACAUCGUGCGGCUGAUGGACGACUACAACCUGGUGCGGAGUCCCCACAUGCACGGCGGCUCGCUCGGCACCACCUUGUCGCCGCCGCUGUGCUCGCCCAACGGCUACCUGGGCGGCAUGAAGCAGCCCAUGCCUCACGGCCACGGCAAGAAGGCGCGCAAGCCCAGCGCCAAGGAGGGCAAAGACAUGAAGGUGAAGAAGAAGAACCUGCAGGACGGGAAGCCCGGCAGCCUCCUGGACGGCUCCGGCGUGCUGUCGCCGGUCGACUCGUUGGAGUCUCCGCACGGCUACGUCUCCGACGUGGCCUCGCCGCCCAUGAUGACCUCGCCGUUCCAGCAGUCGCCGUCCGUCUCCCUGAACCACCUGCAGGGCAUGUCCGAUGCGCACCUGUCCGUCAACCACCUGGUGAUGCCGAACAAGCAGGAGCUGGCUCGGAUGCAGUUUGACCCGCUGCCGCCGCGUCUCUCCCACCAGGGCGCCAUCAACGGCCAGUGCGAUUGGCUGUCCAGGAUGCACGGCGGCAUGAGCCAGCCGGGCCAGUUCAACCCCAUGCGGGGAGCUCCCGGCGGCCAGGGAGGCCUGCACCCGGGGGGGCAGCACGGGAUGAUGGCGUCCCUCCACAACGGCCACCCCGCCGGCCUCUCGCAGAUGAUGACCUACCAGGGGAUCCAGAGCGGCAGGCUGGGUCCGCAGCCGCACAUCAUGCAGCAGCAGAUGCAGCAGCUGCAGAAACUGCAGCAGCUGCAGCAGCAGCAGCAGAGCAUCCAGCUGCAGCACCAGAACUCCAACACCACCAACAGCCAGAGCUUCAUCAGCGGGGAGCUCAGUUCCCCGGAGCUCCAGCAGGGCACCGGCAACUCCAGCAUGCCCAUCCACACCAUCCUGCCGCAGGAGACACAGAUUAUGCCUUCCUCCAUCAACCAGUCGAUGCCCAGCACCCAGUUCCUCACCCCGCCCUCCCAGCACAGCUAUUCAGGCCCCAUGGACAACACCCCGAACCACCAGGUGCAGGUGCCCGACCACCCCUUUCUGACCCCGUCCCCCGGCUCUCCCGACCAGUGGUCGAGUUCCUCGCCUCAUUCCAACAUGUCCGACUGGUCCGAGGGCAUUUCAAGUCCCCCGACGAGCAUGCAGGCUCAGAUCGCACAUCUACCUGAACAGUUCAAAUAAAAAAAUUGAUGUUGACGUCCA